GCCGUCACAAGGUGGAAAUGUGUCGAAUAAUAUUUGGAUUUGAAAUAAGUACUUAAUGUUCUGUGAAGUGUAACUUAUGCAACUAUGACACCGAGAACAGUUCAUUCUUUAUCAAACAAGAAAAUAUGGAUAGUGUUCAUCGCAAUCACGUUUUUAACUGCGUCAACUUUUGCCUCUUCUAAUCCAAAUUGCAAUAGCAGCAAUGCUAAUACCAGUCUCUCAUCAGAGACAUGCAGCGUUCAGCAGAACUAUAGACUUUCAAGAGAUGUCAAGCCCUUAAAUUACAAACUGAAACUAUGGCCAAAUCUGGCAAAUAAAACAUUCAAAGGUUUCCUGACUAUUAAAGUACAAGUUAUGAAACCUAAAAGAAUAAUCUCCCUACAUAUGAAAAACUUGGAUUUAUUAUCAGUUAAAGUACGGGAUAUUGAAAAUGACAAUUUAAUUCUAAAGUCCACCGAAGCAAACGAAAGUCUGGAACAGCUGCAUCUGAAAUUGACACGUAAAUUAGCAAAAGGUUCAUAUUUCUUGGAUUUUAAGUUUUCUGGAAGUCUAGACAAGGGGUUGGUUGGAUUUUAUGCUAGCUCUAUACGCAAUGGAGAAACAAUGGUGGCCAGUAAAUUUGAACCAACAUAUGCUAGGCAAGCAUUUCCUUGUUUUGAUGAGCCGGAUUUUAAAGCUACAUAUGACAUAACAUUGGUUAAGCCUGUUGACUACAUUGCACUCUCCAAUAUGAAUGAAGUUUCAAAGAAAUUGGAUAACAAAACCAAAACUGAAGAAGUGAAGUUCGCAACUAGUGUGCCUAUGUCAACGUAUUUGGCGUGCUUUGUGAUAUGUGAUUUCGAUUUCAAAGAGACCAAAAUAUUGGCAAAUGGAAUAGGGCAUGAUUUCAAUUUAAAAUGCUUUGCUCAAAAAGGCCAGACCAAUAAAAUUGAAUUUGCACAAGAUAUAGGCAAGAGAGCAACUGAAUUUUAUAUACAAUAUUAUAAAGUCCCUUACCCUCUACCUAAAUUAGAUAUGAUUGCUAUCCCGGACUAUGUAUCCGGAGCAACAGAACAUUGGGGACUCAUCACCUAUAGACAGACGGCAUUCCUUGUUGAUGAAUCCACAGCAUCUUCAAGAAACAAAAUCAAUGUUGCCAACACAGUUGCACAUGAACUAGCACAUAUGUGGUUUGGAAAUUUAGUUACAAUGAAAUGGUGGGACGACAUUUGGUUAAAUGAAGGAUUUGCAACAUAUAUGCAGGUUAAAGCCUUGAAUGCUUUGGAGCCGUCUUGGACAAUGCUGGAUCAAUUCCUCAUACAAACACUACAUCCAGUCCUGGUGAUAGAUUCAAAACUGUCCAGUCAUCCAAUUGUCCAGAAAGUAGACACACCAGACCAGAUAACUGCUAUAUUUGAUAGGAUUUCGUACAACAAGGGUUCGUCAGUUCUAAGAAUGUUGGAAGGAUUUAUUGGUGAAGAAAACUUCCAAAACGGUGUGUCGGACUAUUUAAAGAAGUACAAAUUCAGGAACACUAUCACUCAGGACCUGUUGUCUUCUUUGGAACCAUAUUUCAAAAAAUCUAAUCCAGAUUUGAGUUUAAAAUAUAUAAUGGAUACAUGGACAAGGCAAAUGGGAUAUCCCGUCGUAUCAGUAAAGGAAGGAACCUCUAACAGCUACCUCCUGACGCAGACACGAUUCCUUUUAGACCCGAAAGCCACAUAUGAGAAUGACACGGAAUUCAAAUACCGAUGGUUCGUACCAAUUACAUAUACAACGAGCAGGGGUAAACAGGAGCAUAUUGUGUGGUUCCCGGACUCUUCAGAAACUGUUGAAAUAAAACUGAAGGAGGAUGAAGAACUGUUGAAGAUAAACAACAACCAGGUUGGAUACUAUCGAGUGAACUAUUCGCUGGAGAUGUGGGACACGUUGAAACAUGAACUGAGCGCUCGGUCUGAACUGCUAUCCAUAUCAGAUCGGGCCCACAUUCUGAAUGAUGUAUUCGCACUGGCAGAGGCCAAUCAGUUGCCGUACCGAGUAGCGCUCCAGAUGACCACAUACCUCACCGUGGAGACAGACUUCGUGCCCUGGUUCAGCGCAGGAAGAGUCUUUUAUGCUUUGGACACCAAUCUCUUCAACACACCUGCGCGCAAGGUUUUAAUGAAUUAUGUUCAACAUCUUGUGAAACCGUUGUACGCAAAGCAAAGUUGGGAGAAGAGUAAGCUUGAUAUCAUUGAAGGACUUCUACGGACAAAAAUACUUUCGUUGUCGACGUACUUUGGUCUUCCUGACGCGAAUCAAAAAGUGAGGCAACUGUUCCUGGGCUGGCUCAACACUCACAACAGUUCGGACGCUGCCAACAUCGAGCCAGACCUCCGGGACUUUGUAUAUUUCUAUGGUAUGCAAUCUGGGUCAGAGGACGAGUGGGAUAAACUGUGGCAGAUAUAUCUCCACGAGGAUGAUGUCCAGGAACAAUUGAAGUUGAGAAGUGCGCUGUCAGCACCCUAUGAUACAGCGAUACUCAGGAAGUACUUAGAUUUAGCGUGGGAUGAGAAGAAUAUCCGAAGCCAGGAUUACUUGAACGUAGUUCAGCUGAUCAGUUCAAACCCUGCCGGUACCCAACUAGUGUGGGGCGACGUUCGCGCCCGCUGGCCCCAGCUCGUGGAACGAUUUACGUUGAACAGCAGAUAUCUGGGCGACCUCAUACCGGAAAUAACUUCCACUUUCAACACAAAUGAUCAACUCAAAGAGAUGGAAAGUUUCUUUACGAUGUAUCCACAAGCAGGCGCGGGAGAGACUGCCCGCAAACGUGCGCUGGAGACGGUUCGAAACAAUAUCGUGUGGUCGCAAACACACGCACCGCAAGUGUCGGAAUGGCUUCACGAAUAUGUUAAUCAAUUAAAAUGAUAAAUCUAUA